UCUAUGCUCUCUUGUUAUAAAUAACCUGCUCCAAAAACUUAAAGAUUUCCAAAACACCUGGUAAAAUAAUACCUGAAAAUAGGAUUUUCCAAAUUUGGUAUUCAAAGUUAAAACUGAUUAAAAAUGCUAGAAGAACUGCAGAGGAAAUUCCAAUCUGAAUUGGAUAAUUUCAGAAAUACCCAAAAAGAAUUACAAAAAGCAAUUUCCACUAGACAACAAUUAGAUGGUCAACUGAGUGAAAAUGAAAUAGUCAAAGGCGAAUUAGAUAUUUUAGAAAAUAAUGCCAAAGUAUACAAAAGUGUUGGACCUGUUCUCAUCAAAACUGACUUGUCAGAAGCCAGAAUAAAUGUUUCGAAAAGAAUGGAUUAUAUUUCUAAGGAGAUUAAGCGAGUUGAUGAUCUCAUUGCUUCUAUAGAGAAAAAACAAGAUAAUCACAAAGAAGCUUUAAACAAGUUGCAGCAUACACUGCAGCAAGCCCAUGUUAAAGCAGCCAUGCAAGCUUAAAAAAUCAUUUGCACUAAAAUCUUUAGUGGAGACCACUUAUGGUCCAUUCAAGUAUGUGUUUGCUUAGGCAAAUAUGAAUUAACUUUUCUAUAAGAAAUGUAUUUAAAUUGAAUGAAUAUGGAAUAUUUCAAACCUGUUAACUAGAAUUAACUCCUAAUAAAAAAAUAAAUUUUU